AUGAGCACCACUCGUGACUAUGAGGCCGUCCGCAAGGACAUCGCCGCUAUUCUGAAGAAGCCCGGCUAUGAUGAUGGUAGCGCAGGGCCCGUCUUCGUGCGGCUAGCAUGGCACUCUUCUGGCACAUACGACGCCAAGUCGGACACUGGCGGCUCGAACGGAGCUGGCAUGCGGUACGAAGCCGAGGGUGGUGACCCAGCCAACGCCGGUCUGCAGCACGGACGGGCGUUCUUGGAGCCAAUUAAAGAAAAGCACCCCUGGAUCACGUACUCGGAUCUGUGGACAUUGGCCGGCGUAGUGGCGAUUAAGGAGAUGGGCGGACCGGAUAUCCCAUGGCAAGGCGGGCGCACAGAUCUUGUCGACGACUCGAAGGUGCCCCCACGAGGACGUCUGCCAGAUGGAACACAGGGUGCCGACCACCUGCGAUUCAUCUUCUACCGCAUGGGCUUCAAUGACCAGGAGAUCGUAGCGCUGACUGGUGGACACAACCUGGGCCGGUGCCACGGCGACCGUAGUGGAUUUGAGGGUCCGUGGGUGACAAACCCAACCCGGUUCUCCAACUCUUUCUUCAAGCUGAUGCUGCAGCUUGACUGGAAGCCUCGCAAGAUGGCGAGGGGCAUGACACAGUUUGUGUAUGAGGACCCCGAUGCCGAGGAGGACGAGGAGCCGUUGAUGAUGCUGCCCACUGAUAUGGCGCUAUCCACUGAUCCGGCAUUCGCCCCAUGGGUGAAGCGGUAUGCCGAAGACAAAGAGCUGUUCUUUGAUCACUUCUCCAAGGUGUUUGCCAAGUUGAUCGAACUUGGUAUCCGACGUGAUGCCCAGGGUGCCGUGACCAACACUGACGGCACUCUUGGUGGAUAUGUCUCAGCCCCGAAGAAGAGCAAUACUGCCACCGGCCCACCCCGGGCGCGUCUGUGA